GCACCGCGGUGGGUGCUGGGAGCGCGGCGCGCAAUGGCGACGCCCAGCCUACGGGGACGCCUAGUGCGGCUUGCGAACCCGCGGAAACCUACACUGAAGCCCAACAAACCUCUCAUCCUAGCUAACCGCGUUGGAGAGCGGCGCCGGGAGAAGGGAGAGGCAACAUGUAUCACAGAGAUGUCGGUGAUGAUGGCUUGCUGGAAACAGAAUGAAUUCCGCGACAGUGCGUGCAAAAAAGAGAUCCAAGACUUCUUUGAGUGUGCUUCGAAGGCCCAGGAAGCCCGAAAGAUGAGAUCAAGCCAGGAGACCCUGGGAGAAUCUGGAAGUUUACUUCCCAAGAAAGUGAAUAAGUUGUUACAGAGGUUUCCUAAUAAACCGUAUCUCAUAUGAAAAUGGAAAAACAUUUUCAGUGAUUGUACUGUCAUUUCUGAGAACUGUGCAGAGGUAUUUUAAAAAUAUUUGCACUGCUAUGCCUCUUUUGAAGGGUAAAAUGAGGCAAAUACUUCUUUUCACUCAUCAGAGCGGUCUGGAUGAAGUUAUGCUUUAUCUUGAAAUAAAAUUUUCUGAAGAGUGA